GGGCUCAGCCAGCAGUGUUCACCAGCUUGCCUAGGAUGGGGUCUGCCACCCCCAUACGGUCCAUAUGUCGCUACUGUGGGAACUACAUCGUCACAGUGACCAGCCCGGUCCCAGGGGUUCUCACCUGGCUGUUGUGUACCAGCCUCUUUGUGUUUGGGUGCGUCCUGGGAUGCUGCUUCCUCCCCUUCUGUGUGGACAGUUUGAUGGACGUGAAGCACACGUGCCCCGUGUGCCGGCAAGAGCUCUUCCGCUACCAUCGCCUGUGA